AUGAAAAAUCGAAAAGAAUUCCAAUCUAGGAUUGGACUUAGAAGGCAUCAAAGAAAAUUGAAUGAACAGAAAAGAAAUGAAAUUAAAAUUAAAAAUGAAGAAUGGGAAAUGUUAGAAGAAAAUCCAAUUAAAAAAUGGUUCUCAAACUUUUGUAAUCACACGACUAUUCAUGACAUAACUUAUCUUGGUCAAUCGAAUCUUCAUUGGUCGGAAAGUCCUUUGUCGACUGUUGUUGAAAGCACAAUUUUCCCUGUUUCUGAAAUAUCUUUUCCAGCAAUCACGAUUUGUAACACCAAUAGAUUCCAUAAGGAACGAUUUCUAAAAGCUAAGGACAUUUUUCUCCCUGAUGCUGAUCGGGAAACUCGUGAAGAAUUUCAACUUUUUCUCACAAAUUUGAAUAAUUCACAAUUUGGUGCUUUCGAUGAAUUUGAUGAAAAAGCUUUCAAUCUUACACCAACUAUGGAAUUAAAAUUGAAUUCCUUAAAUUUGACAGAAGUUUUUAAAUUUGUUAUGUUAAGUUGUGAAGAAAUAAUUUUUAACGAUAAAUGUUGGUGGAGAAAUAAAUAUUUUAAUUGUUGUGACAAUUUGAUUUAUCUUCAAAGAAGUGGCUAUGGACUUUGUUAUAGUUUCAACAAUGCGGUUUCUAACAUUGGAUUAAGAAGAAAAGUAGAAAAACUCUUCUGA